AUGGCUAUGUCCGAUCUUCCAAGGGAAUUGUUGGAGGGGAUACUCUCUAGGGUUCCGUUACAGUCCACCAAAGCAGUUAGGUCUACUUGCAAAAACUGGAACACUUUAUCCUACGAUCAGAGCUUUACAAAGAAGAUCACAAGAUUAGCAAUCAAGGAAGAUGAGCUUCUGGUGGUCAUGAUGAUGGAUUACAAGGUUUUUUUAAUGAGUGUUAAUCUCCAUGGAAUUCAUAACCACAACGACGUUAAAUCAUGUAUCGUGCAUAAAGCUAAACUCAUUUGCCUAAACGAUGGUGCGGAUCAUGGAGUUGAUAACAUAUCUAGUGUCUUUCACUGCGACGGUUUAUUGUUAUGCAUCACCAAUGACAUAAGCUAUACUCUGGUGGUUGGGAAUCCUUAUUGUGGGCAAUUCAGGUCGAUCAAACUCAGAGAGGAUCACAAGUUAUUUGACAGGUACGCUCUUGGAUACGAGAAGAACGACUCGUUUCGUAACUAUAAAAUCUUGAGACGUUAUGAUAAACGCUUGUCUAGAUUUUAUGAGUUUGAUAUCUACAAUCUUACCUCUGGCUCUUGGAAGGUUUUUCAUUUGGCGCUUGAUUGGAAAAUCCCGUCUUUUCAACUCGGCGUGUCUCUCAAGGGAAAUACUUAUUGGUUUGCUAGAGAGAGGUGUAUAGAAGAAGUAGGAGGACUAAGAACAGAUCUCCCUGGUUUCUUGAUCUGUUUUGAUUUUACAACUGAGAGAUUUGGACCGCGUCUUCGUCUCCCCUUUGACUCUUAUUGUGAUGAGGAUACUGUGACUCUCUCUAGUGUUAGAGAAGAGCAGCUUGCGGUGUUAUUUAAGGGCAAGUAUACAUUGAGGAUGGAGAUAUGGGUUACGAAUAAGAUUGACCCUGGAGAAGCGUCGUGGAACAAGUUGUUCUUAGCAGUUAAUCUGACAUCACUCACUGGUCGUCAGUUUUUAUAUUGGGCUAGGAGUUUCUUGAUUGACGAGAAGAAGAAUAUCGCUCUAGUUCUUGGUAAAGAUGCAUCGAACCCUACACGCAACCUAGCUUAUAUCAUUGGAGAUGGUGGAUAUUUUAAACAAGUGUAUCUUGGAGUAUCUACACAAGAAUCUUGUUACCCACUUGUGUGCUCUUAUGUCCCAAGUUCAGUGCAAAUUAAGCAAGAUGCACAAGUGAGCAGCGACAUCAAAGCGUCUUGGCUGAAACGUUUCUUUAAUUUUUAUGCAUCUUAA